CGUGGUAUCAUGGCGGCCGUCUCGCGGUAGCUGGGUACAUGAUGAUGCAUUGGAACGUCACGGCGUCUUCAUCACGUCGUCUCGAUCCAGCAGCAGCAGUACUUGUACUCUCACAUCUCCAUCCAUCUCGCCGUUUCUAUCGUCAUCCUUUCUGUGCGCGACUUCGUGUGCGACUUGUCCGCCUGUAAGGGAUUGGCUUUCUCCAAGUUAUUUCUGCAUCCCUCUUGCUUGUCUGCACGGUGCUGUGUGUAUUCUUCACCGGGUCCGGCGAGUCCCCCGCUUGUCCAAGAAUUUCUGUUGACGAGUACAAGUUCCAUAAAUACUUCUGUACAUUGUUGUCUUUUGGCGGGGUGCUGAUUUCGUGUUCGCUUUUGGCGGGGUGCUGUUUUAGGUCAACGGUUUCGUCACUCUCGUGGGCUUCUUUUUCGGUGUCCGUCACUUGGUGUGUUGACGAGUAUAAAUUGUUUUUGUUCCAUAGAUAUUUCUGUACAUUGUUUGUUGUUGGCGGGUUGUUUUCGUGUUAGCCUUGAGCGGGGUUCUGUUUGACGUCAGCAGUUUCGUCGGCGGCGGCUUUUCGCACCUCCCUCUCUCGGUCAUCAUGAGGGAGUGUAUUUCUAUUCAUAUCGGCCAGGCUGGCAUCCAGGUUGGCAAUGCCUGCUGGGAGUUGUAUUGCCUGGAGCAUGGAAUUCUGCCGGAUGGUCAGAUGCCGAGCGACAAGAGCAUCGGGCUAGGCGACGACGCUUUCAACACGUUUUUCAGCGAGACGGGAGCAGGCAAGCAUGUCCCUCGUGCUGUCUUCUUGGACUUGGAGCCGACUGUCAUUGAUGAAGUCAGGACUGGCACGUACAGACAGCUCUUCCAUCCCGAGCAACUCAUCAGCGGGAAGGAGGAUGCUGCCAACAACUUCGCUCGCGGUCAUUACACCAUUGGCAAGGAGAUUGUCGACCUGUGCUUGGACAGGAUUCGAAAGUUGGCCGACAAUUGCACGGGUCUGCAGGGUUUCUUAGUGUUCAAUGCUGUCGGAGGCGGCACUGGGUCCGGCCUUGGUUCUCUGCUUCUCGAGCGUCUGUCUGUGGACUACGGCAAGAAGUCGAAGCUCGGAUUCACGGUGUACCCUUCUCCGCAAGUCUCCACCUCUGUCGUUGAGCCGUACAACAGCGUGCUCUCGUCUCACUCUUUGCUGGAGCACACGGAUGUGGCGGUACUGCUCGACAACGAGGCGAUUUACGACAUUUGCCGCCGCUCGCUCGACAUCGAACGACCUACUUACACCAACCUUAACCGCUUGGUGUCGCAGGUUAUCUCCUCGCUCACCGCUUCGCUGCGAUUCGAUGGAGCGCUCAAUGUGGACAUCACCGAAUUCCAGACCAACCUUGUGCCAUAUCCGCGCAUCCACUUCAUGCUUUCCUCUUACGCGCCAGUCAUUUCCGCAGAGAAGGCUUAUCACGAGCAGCUUUCGGUGGCUGAGAUCACCAACUCUGCAUUCGAGCCUUCCAGCAUGAUGGCAAAGUGCGACCCACGUCACGGCAAGUACAUGGCCUGCUGUCUCAUGUAUCGCGGCGAUGUCGUGCCCAAGGAUGUCAACGCCGCCGUAGCCACUAUCAAGACGAAAAGAACCAUUCAGUUCGUUGAUUGGUGCCCGACCGGCUUCAAGUGCGGCAUUAACUACCAGCCGCCGACCGUCGUUCCGGGCGGCGACCUGGCAAAGGUGCAGCGCGCGGUCUGCAUGAUUUCGAAUUCCACGAGCGUCGCCGAGGUCUUCUCUAGGAUAGACCAUAAGUUUGACCUGAUGUACGCCAAGCGCGCGUUCGUUCACUGGUACGUCGGCGAGGGUAUGGAAGAAGGAGAAUUCUCUGAGGCCCGUGAGGACCUCGCUGCCUUGGAGAAGGACUAUGAGGAGGUGGGCGCGGAAUCUGCCGACAAUGAGGAGGACGAUGGGGAGGAGUACUAACUUUGAUUUUUUGAGGAUGUUGUAGUGUGCUCGGAGUCGCAGUCGUGGAAAAAAGACCAAUUUGAGGACAUGGCCUCAGAAUUAGCCGAUAAUGAGGAGGAGGCUAACGAGGAGUGCUGACUUGAGGAGUUCGUAGUGUUCUCGGAGUCGCAGUCAUGGAAAAGGGGACUGAUUUGAGGAGGUAGGCAUGGAAAUUGCUGAUAUUGAGCACGGACGACGAGGAGUGCUGACUUGAGCGUGUCGUAAUGUUCGCGGCGUUGGAGCCAUGGAAGAAGAAUAUGAGGAGGUAGCCGUGGAAGAAGACUAUGAGGAGGUAGCCGCGGAAUUUGCCGACAAUGAGGAGGACGGCGGAGAGGAGUGAGUGCUAAUUGAGAAUUUUCUAAUUUGAGAAUUUUCUAGUGUUUUGAAAAUGGCGCGCGAGACUCUGGCAGCUCGCACAGGUCGGGAAUCGUGAGGAGGUGGGCGUGGAUGUUGCCGACAAUGACGAGGACGACGGGGAGGAGUGCUAGUUUGAGAAUUUGUAGUGUUAUAUAAAAAGAAAGGCGCGCGAGACUCUCGAAGGACGAGGAUUAUGAGGAGGAGGUAGACUUGGAUGAUGCCGAGGGUGACGAGUUGGUGAGGACUACAACUUUGAGAAUUCCUUAAUGCAUGAGCGUUGAAUGCUGCGUCUCGUGUAGAACACGAUUGUGUACAAUGUGUCGUAGUUAGCGAACGUCAGAUGAUGAGAGGUGUCCUGUGUGUGGAGGGAAUUGGUCAUUUACCCCUUUCGGUAUGUGUGUGUGACUGCAUGUCUGUGACUCUGUGUGUGUGUGUGUGGAGAGAGAGAGAGAGAGAGAGAGAGAGAGAGAGAGAGAGAGAGAGAGAGAGAGAGAGAGAGAGAUUUAGGUUUGCGAUUUGCAGUUUGUGAAAUGGCAGUGUUGAGAUCUCAUGGUUUUGCUUGUGGGAGUAAGUUGAGCUACGUAUUGAGAAUAAUAAAGAGUGGGGGGUUGAGUCCACUUGCGUUUCAGUCUGUGCUCUUGAAUUCUCGUACGCACAUUGAUCGAAUUUGGCCUUGAAGUCACGUAAGUGCGUUCGUAAUGACCGAAAUGUCCGUUGUGAUGAAGAAUUAAGCUCGUUCGUAAUGACGGAAAUGUACGUUGUGCUGAAGAAUGAGGGGUUGAAUAAUUGAAUUGACUUCCGUGACGCCCGUGCUCU